AUGUCGAAAUGGGUUCUCGAUCGUGUCGAGAGUAAAAAUUGUAGUGGUCGCUCGUUGGCGUAUGGGCUGAUGGUGUGCGAAAACACGUCGAAGCAUGUGUCGGAGGGGCGUGAAGGCGUAUUGGCGCGUAGCGCAACCAAGUUGUCGCGAUGUGGUAAACUCACCAGCAGGAAACUUACCAACAGUAAUGGUGUGCACCCUUUCACUUUGUUUGCUGGGGUGGAUCUGAUAUGGUUCAAUGGUGAGAUUCUUGCCUCACUGACAAAGGACUGUUCUUUAGCACGUAAGUUCUCAAUAUUUUUCAUACAUCCGUCUGUUUUUCAGUUUAAUCGAAAUUACGAGCUGGAAAUGGAGUUGGACGACAAAACAAGCGUAGCCUUGGAAGCUAUCAACAAUGAAACUGUUGACUUGGAAAAUAUCCCGGUUGAAGAAGUUUUCGAAAAGUUGAAAUGCACGAAAGAAGGCCUUAGCUCCGACGAGGUUCAAACACGGCUUCAACUCUUCGGUUAUAAUAAACUCGAAGAGAAAAAGGAGAGUAAAGUACUGAAGUUUUUGGGGUUUAUGUGGAAUCCUCUCUCUUGGGUUAUGGAAGCUGCUGCUAUCAUGGCUAUCGCUAUUCCUCACGGGAAGAAACAUAAAGUUGAUUACAGUGAUUUCAUUGGGAUUGUGUUACUUCUUGUAGUCAAUUCGACUAUUAGUUUUAUAGAGGAGAACAAUGCUGGAAAUGCGGCUGCAGCUCUCAUGGCUCGUUUGGCUCCUCGAGCUAAGGUUUUACGCGACGAAAAAUGGAGAGAGGAGGACGCGUCGGUUUUGGUUCCGGGAGAUAUUAUUAGCAUAAAACUCGGUGACAUCAUUCCGGCCGAUGCAAGAUUGCUCCAAGGAGAUCCGUUGAAAAUCGACCAGUCUGCUUUAACAGGGGAGUCUCUACCGGUAAGCAAAAACCCGGGUGAUGGAGUGUACUCGGGUUCCACAUGCAAGCAAGGCGAAAUCGAAGCAGUUGUAAUCGCUACCGGAGUACACACUUUCUUCGGGAAAGCUGCUCAUUUAGUCGAAAACACUACUCACAUUGGACAUUUUCAACAGGUGUUGACUUCAAUCGGAAACUUCUGCAUAUGCUCGAUAGCGACGGGGAUGGUAUUUGAAAUAAUAGUAAUAUUUGGGCUACAAAAGAGAGGUUAUCGUCAAGCUAUAGAUAAUCUUCUCGUACUAUUGAUCGGUGGAAUCCCCAUUGCAAUGCCGACCGUUCUUUCCGUUACUAUGGCUAUUGGCUCCCACCGCCUCUCUCAGCAAGGUGCGAUAACGAAAAGAAUGACAGCAAUUGAGGAAAUGGCUGGUAUGGAUGUUUUGUGCAGUGAUAAAACCGGAACUCUUACUCUCAACAAACUGUCGGUCGACAAAAAUCUAGUUGAGGUUUUCGCGAAAGACGUGGACAAAGAUAUGGUGGUGUUAAUGGCGGCAAGAGCAUCGAGGCUGGAGAAUCAAGAUGCUAUUGACUGUGCAAUUGUUUCAAUGUUAGAUGAUCCUAAAGAGGCGCGAGCUGGAAUUACGGAAGUUCACUUCCUUCCUUUCAAUCCAACUGAUAAGAGGACAGCACUUACCUACUUAGAUAGUGAUGGUAAAAUGCACAGAGUUAGCAAAGGUGCCCCUGAGCAGAUUCUGAAUCUGGCAUGCAACAAGUCAGAUAUCGCAAACAAAGUGCACACGAUUAUCGAAAAAUUUGCCGAGAGGGGUCUCCGAUCGCUUGCAGUUGCUCGACAGAACGUUCCGGAAGGUUCAAAAGAAAGUUCCGGCGGACCGUGGGAAUUUGUCGGGCUUCUACCCCUAUUCGAUCCGCCACGUCACGACAGCGCCGAGACUAUCCGGAAAGCUCUAGAUCUCGGAGUUAGUGUCAAAAUGAUCACAGGCGAUCAGUUAGCAAUAGCAAAGGAAACGGGGAGACGACUUGGCAUGGGCACGAACAUGUACCCUUCGUCGUCGUUGCUCGGCGACCACAAAGACUCGUCGGUCAAAGCUCUACCGGUCGAAGAACUCAUCGAAAAUGCCGACGGUUUCGCAGGCGUCUUUCCAGGUUUAUUAUUAUCAUAUUAUAUUAUAAUCUCGGCGAUUUCGCAACACUUUCGAAAAAAUAAAAUCCAAAUUAUUAAAAUUCCGUUUCUUCGUUUUUUUUUGCUAGAGCACAAAUACGAGAUAGUGAAGAUAUUGCAGACGAGAAAGCACAUUUGUGGGAUGACCGGAGAUGGAGUGAACGAUGCACCGGCAUUGAAGGUUGCCGAUAUCGGAAUCGCGGUGGCAGAUGCAACCGAUGCCGCCAGAAGUGCUUCCGAUAUUGUCCUCACCGAACCAGGGCUAAGUGUCAUUAUUAGUGCUGUGUUAACGAGUCGUGCGAUUUUUCAGAGAAUGAAGAAUUACACGAUAUAUGCAGUUUCGAUCACAAUUCGUAUAGUGGUAAGCCUUUAA